AUGUAAAGAUCAUAAGAAAUGUCCUUCUAUCAACUUGUAAUGCCUAGAGAAAGUGCUUGGGCUGUUAUGGAUUAAUUAGGUUAUAUGGGAAAAGCAGAAAUCGUUGAUCAUGAUCCAUCUAUACCUCUUAUUGCUAGACCAUUUGCUAAUUAUAUAAAAAGGUAUUCCAUAAUCAUAAUCUAGAUGUGAUGAUUUAUUAAAUAAAUUGAAUCUACUUGUUGAAACUGCUCAAAAAUUAUCAAUUCUUAAACAUUAUACUAUCACAACCAAAACUAAUCAUAAAAUGUGCCCAUAAAUUCAUACACAUCAAUAUUUAGAUCUAUUGGAAGAAUAAAUCAAUGCUAAAGUUAAUUCCUUCAUUGAAUAGAAUAGAAAUCAUGAACAAUUACUUGAAUAAUAAACCAUCAUUAAUGAUUAAUUGGAUAUUUUAUAAGAAUGCAGAAUGUACUUAGGUGAAGAUUUCUUUGUCUCUAGAGAUUCCAAAAUUGAUUACUUUAUAGGUACACUAAAAUAAGAAGAAAUCUAACAGUAAAUUUAUACUUAUUCCUUAGAUUUUAAAGAAUGGUAUUUAGAGUUACUAAAGGUAAUGCAUUUGUUCAUAUCAAAUUAUAAAACUAAAAAGCCUUAUAUAUUGUCAUAUUCCCAGAUCAAGGUGUCAUCCUUAAGAAAAAACUCUAAAAGGUUUAGGAAUCCAUUUCUCUCAACAGAUUUACACUCCCGCUCAAUCUCAAAGAAUUUGAUAAAAUUUAAAAUGAUUUAACUGUCAAACACAAAGAAAUUAAAUAAGUAUUUAUUGAUCUCUUAUCAAGCUUAUAGAAUUAACUAAUGUUCAAUUAAAUUCAUCUAUUCAAGAAUUACUCAAAUAAAAUGAUGGAAUAAGGUUACUAGAUCAUUAUAAUAUGUAUAUAUCAAAGGAGAAAGCACUUUAUAUGCAGUUGAAUAAAUUAAAAAUGUAAGGUAACCUCUUUCUUGGAGAAUUAUGGAUUCCAAAAAAAGAUAGUGCUUAAUUAAAUGAAACCCUUUUGCUUGUAAAGGAGAGAAAUAGAGAUAUUCCAGGGUGUCAAAUUUCCCAAAAAGUACCUAACACAACUCCACCUACAUAUUUUGUGUUAAAUGAAUUCACUUCAGUAUUCUAAUAGAUAGUGAAUACAUAUGGAAUUGCAAGAUAUCGAGAAAUUAAUCCUGCAAUAUUUACCAUAAUAACAUUUCCUUUUUUAUUUGGUAUUAUGUUUGGUGAUAUUGGUCAUGGCUUUUGUUUACUUAUGUUUGGAAUUUAUAACAUUUUUUAUAAAUUUGAACCAUUCUAUGAGUUGAGAUACUUAAUUUUGUUGAUGGGAUUCUUUAGUUUUUAUUGUGGUUGGAUUUACAAUGAUUUUGUGAGUUUAUCAUUAAAUCUUUUUGGAUCUUGUUAUGUGGUUGAUGGAUAAAUGACUCCAAAUAAAUAACAUGAUUGUACAUAUCCUUUUGGAUUAGAUCCUGCUUGGGGAGAUAAUUUAGAAUUUGAUGAUUCAUUUAAAAUGAAAUUAAGUGUUAUAAUAGCUUAUUUUCAUAUGUUUUUAGGUAUAUGUUUAUCAGGAUGUAACUUGAUAUAUAAGAAGGAUACUUAUGGAUUUUGUUGUAAAUUCUUACCUUAGAUUUUGUUUCUCACUAGUACAAUAGGAUACAUGGAUUUUUUAAUCAUUUUUAAAUGGGUAAAGUAAUUUAAUCCAAAUGAUGCUCCAAGUAUAAUAAAUACAAUGAUUACAAUGGUUUUAUCUUUUGGAUCAGUGGAAGGGCCAUCAAUGUGGAAUGUAAAUUCUUAAGAACUGAUUCAAGCAAUAUUAAUAAUUAUAGCUGUUAUUAGUAUUCCUUGGAUGUGGUUUUCACAUAUUAUAAAAGGUUAUUCGAUAUAUAAAAGGAAAAGAAAUACUAUAGUAAAGAAUAGUGGUUAAUCAAUAGAAGGAUCAUAAGUGAUUGAGUUACAAAUUUAAAGUAUUUUGGAUGAAACUCAAUAAGAGAAAUCGUUAUUAUAAAUACAUGAUCAUAAUGAAUUAAGUGCAGAUGAAGAAUUUACUGAAUUAAUAGUUCAUGAAACAAUAGAAACAAUAGAAUUUGUAUUAGGUGUGAUAUCAAAUACAGCUAGUUAUUUAAGAUUAUGGGCAUUGAGUUUGGCUCAUUCUUAAUUAGCAGAUGUGUUUUAUUCUUUAAUUUUGUCAAAUUCAAUAACAGAGGGAAGUAUUAUAGGGGUAGAAUAUUUAAAUAAAAUAAUAGGCAUUAUUAAGAUAUCCAAUUUGGGCAUUAGUGAGUUUUGGAGUAUUAAUGUGUAUGGAUACAAUGGAGUGUUUUUUACAUUCUUUAAGAUUGCAUUGGUAUUAAAUAGAAAUAAUAAAUAAAGGGUAGAGUUUUAGAAUAAGUUUUAUAAGGGAGAUGGAAUAGAAUUUAAGGUUUACUCAUUAUGA